UCCAAGAUGGGUACUCGGACCAAUGCCCCUUUAGCCUUCAGCCUGCUUUGGGGUGCUCUGCUAUGCAGGGCGACAGUGGGACGUGGAGCUUUGGACAAUGUCCAGAAAUUUUCCUCACUACCAACAUAUCUACCUGUAAGAUACCAGAUCUUGAGUGCCGAUACGUCAUUCUUCCUCAAAGAAGCCAACCAGGACUUCAUGAGAAACUCAAGUCUGCAGUCUCGGAUGGAGACCUUCUUUACGUAUAAAGCCAAGAGGACGCCGGUGAUCAAUGCUAGCUACGGGCCGUUCUCGGUAGAGCACACUGUGCCCCAAGAUCUGCUGUUAAACUCCAACCUGUUUGGGUCCACCAGCAAGUUUACAUUCAACUGGAAACUGAAAGCUUACAUCAUGAAUGAAAAAGUCUAUCUCAGCAAACCCAAGGUCCAGGUUUUGUUCUACAUCGUCGGAAGAGACUGGGACGAUUAUACUUCGAACGAACAGCUGCCUUGCAUGCGGGUUUUUGCGUUUCGGGAAACGCGGGAAGUCCGGGGCAGUUGCAGGUUAAAGGGUGACCUGGGGUUAUGCGUCGCUGACCUGGAACUUCAGCCCACCUGGUUUAGCCCCCCGACGGUUGUCACCGGCCGCAAGAAAGCACCCGAUCCUUCCGACCCAAGCUCCAUUGAGCUUUACUACACCAUCCAGCCCGGCGAUGAGAACGGGGAGUGCACCACGGAGGACAUCAGGAAAGGGAAUGCCAUCCGGCCAGGGAAGGAAGGGACGGGGGAAACCAUGUCUCACUUGCAGAGGAUUGGCUCUGUCAGCCUCUAUGGGACCACAGAGAGCUCUCAGCUGACGGAGCUGCGCCUGGAUGGCAACGUGGUCAUCUGGCUGCCGUCCAAGCCCAUCAAACAAGGAGAAGUCGUGAGCGCUCGGGUGACCGUCAGUAGCAACAUCACGGUGGACCAGUUCAUCCUGAGAGCAAAAGUGAAGAAAGGGGUCAACAUCCUCAGUGCCAAAGCAAGCGACCCGCAUCAAUGGGACGUGACCCAGGAGGUGGGGAACGGAGGGAAACACUCCACCACCACCGUGAUGUGUCAGAGAAUAAGCCAGAGUUCAAAAAACAGAAAUAAUAACAACAACCUAUUCAGUGAGGUGGUGCAGUUGAACUUUGAAAUAGCCAGCUUCAGCAGCCUUUCGGGGACCCAGCCGAUCACCUGGCAGGUGGAAUAUCCCCGAAAGAGGACAACAGACACAGCCCUCUCUGAAAUCUUCAUUUGCCAAAAGGAUCUUGUGGGGAUCGUUCCUCUGGCAAUGGAUACAGAGAUCCUAAACACAGCAAUCCUCACAGGGAAGACUGUCGCCAUUCCUGUCAAGGUGGUCUCCAUCGAAGAGAACAGUGCCGUGACGGACAUUUCCGAGUCUGUCGAAUGCAAGUCCUCUGCUGAGGAUGUUGUCAAAGUUUCUGACCGGUGCGACUACAUUUUUGUCAAUGGCAAAGAAGUGAAAGGCAAAGUGAACGCUCUGGUGAACUUCACCUACCAGUACUUGAGUGCCCCCCUGCUGGUCACAGUGUGGGUGCCCCGCCUCCCUCUUCAAAUUGAGGUCUCUGACACCGAGCUGAGCCAAGUAAAGGGCUGGAGGGUUCCCAUUGUUCCCAACAAGAGGCAAACCAGAGACAGCGAUGACGAGGAUGAAGAUGAGCGGAAGGGGCGAGGCUGUGCUCUUCAGUACCAACAUGCCAUGGUGCGAGUUUUCACCCAGUUUGUAGCCGAAGACGCCAGUCCCUGGGGCCAGCCGAGCUACCUGCUUGGCUCCGAUUGGCAGUUUGACAUUACGGAUUUGGUGGCCAACUUCAUGAAGCUGGAGGAGCCUCACGUGGCCCAGCUGCAGGGAGGCAGGAUUCUGAUUGGCCAGGAGGUUGGCAUGACAAUGGUCCAGGUCCUCUCUCCGCUGUCGGACUCCAUCUUGGCAGAGAAGACAGUGACGGUGUUGGAUGACAAAGUGACCAUCACAGAUAUGGGGGUGCAGCUGGUCGCAGGGUUGUCGCUCUUUCUUCAGCCCAGCGCAGCGAGCAACAGGGCGAUCGUGGCAACCGCUGUGGCCCAGGAGCUUCUUCACACACCCAAACAGGAAGCCAUCCUAAGCUCGUGGAUCCAGUUCAGCGAUGGCUCUGUGACUCCACUGGACAUUUAUGAUCCCAAAGACUUUUCCCUCUCUGCAUCAUCGUUGGACGAAUCUGUCAUUUCAGCUCGCCCAGGUUCUACCACGAAAUGGCCAGUGGUGGCAGCAGAAGGGGAAGGACAAGGCACGUUGGUCAAAGUGGACAUGAUGAUCUCCGAAACUUGCCAGAAAUCCAAGAGAAAGAGCGUCCUGGCGGUGGGCAACGGUAGCAUCAAGGUGAAAUUUGGCCAGAACGACGCCAACUCCCAUGGCAUCAGCGAUUAUGACGCCGAUGAGAUCGAAAACCAUGCCAGUGACCGAAGGCAGAAGGUGCUGGACCAAGAGCGGUAUGGCCAAGAUGGACGAUACUAUGGGAGCUCUUCCGCUGAACGAGAAGAAGGCACUGUGCGGAAAGUCAGCACCACGGCAAAAUCUAUGAUCAAAGGCAAAGUACUGAAGAGCAACCUGGCUGGAGAAAAGCUCUCAGAUGAUGGGCAGUUGCAGAACAUCCCCAUAGACUUCACCAACUUUCCAGCUCAGAUCGACCUCCCCAAAAAUGAUGAAGGCAUAGACGACAGCAACCUAGUGCAGGCCCCGAGGGGACUCAGUGAUCUGGAGAUUGGGAUGUAUGCUCUCUUAGGGGUCUUCUGCUUGGCAAUUCUUGUCUUCCUGAUCAACUGUGCCACCUUCACGCUGAAAUAUCGGCACAAGCAAGUUCCAGUGGAAGGGCAGGCCACCAUGAGCCACUCCCAUGACUGGGUGUGGCUUGGGAAUGAAACCGAACUGCUGGAGAACCAAGUGGAAAUUUCGUCCCCGCAGGACGAACGCACGACGAACGUCGACCGAGGGAUAGACUUGGAGGAGAGCAACCAGCUCCUCAACGGGAGCAUGCCAAAAAGUAUACAGAGCCAGCUGCACAAGUCAGCUGACUUAGGGGGCAAACAAGGGAAAGAGCAAAAGCUCAAUCCCCCCUUGCACUCACCCACCUCCAAGCGAAAACGGGUCAAGUUCACCACCUUCACUACAAUCCCUCCGGAUGACAGCUGUCCGACCGUCAACUCCAUCCUCAACUGCAACGAAGAUGACAUUAAAUGGGUUUGCCAAGAUAUGAACCUCGGGGAAACCAAACACUACAUGGAGAAGCUCAAAGAAGAAGCAUAGCCCUGGAUCUCAGGUUGCUUGGGGGGGGGGGGGUCGCAAACCACACCUUGAUGCCUUCAGUUGUAUCAGGAAAUGGGGAAGAGAAUGGAGGGUCGGCGGACUAAAUCGUCUUGAAAGCAAGGCGGAUUUUGUAAUCAGGGAGAGAGGUUUGCUCAGCCUAUCCGGGAGAGACAGCAGUCUUUCCCCCUUCCUCCCCUAGAUGACAGAGUUGGAAGAAGAAGCAGCGAACUGGCCCAUCUAAUAAACUCGGAUGAGAUGACAUUUAAGGGUCAAGGAUAGCUACACAGAGACGGUUAAGGGUCAAGGAUAGUUACACAUGGACAGUUAAGGGUCAAGGAUAGUUACACACGAGGUACCAAAAGUAUUCUUUCUUUUCUUUUCUUUUUAAAGGAAAAUUAUGGGUUUUUUAAAACGAAACUUGUUUAUAUUUCUAAUAAAAUAUCAAAAAUAUGAACGGGAACUGGGAAGAAAAAGAGCAAAGUAUGUGUCACCCGUCUCCUUUCCAUUCCUGCCGCUGGAAUGAAGCCAGGAUGGUGGGCAGAGCAGAGAUGGAAUAGCAUUUUGUUUUUCCCGAUUUCGUCCCCUGCCCCAAAAUCCUGAAGCUUGUUCUUUCCGACAUCCUCUCUUUCUCCACCACUCUGCCCUUUAUAUGUUAUUUCUGAAGCAUGCCAAUGGGAAUUAAAAAUGUUCCAAGCCU